AUGUCUGAAGACGCAGGAGACAUAUACGUGGAUAAAUCAGUGAGUGAUGGAGUGUUUAGCAAAUUGAACAGUAAAGGAGAGAACAAGGUUUGUUUUGAUUGUGGGAAUAAGAAUCCAACAUGGACUUCGGUUCCAUUUGGGAUAAUGCUUUGUAUCCAAUGUUCUGGAGAGCAUAGGAAACUGGGGGUACAUAUUACGUUUGUAAAGUCCUCAAAUCUUGAUAAAUGGACUGUGAACAACUUGAGGAACUUCAAGUUAGGUGGCAAUCAUCGUGCCCGUGAAUAUUUUUUAAAGAACAACGGCAAACAGUUUUUGGACUACAAGAUGGAUAAGCGGGUGAAGUAUACUAGUACUGUCGCGAAAAACUACAAAGCACACUUAAAUAAAAGGGUGCUAAAGGAUCGUGAACAACAUCCUCGAGAACUUAUUUUCACGACUGAUGAUGAUUUAGAAUCUGGUGACUCAGAUAAUACUUCUAAAAAUAACAGUGUGGAUGACUUCUUUUCCACUUGGGAGAAACCAGCUUCGUCGGCAUCUUCUCCAAAAAUACUGACGCCCAACUCUACAAGCGGUACUCUCAACAAUGGUAGUAGAAGUACCAUUCUCAACGCGCCUGUUGGUAGAAGAAGAAUGCCGCUUCUCUCAACAUCAUCGACCAAUGCUUCUGGUGGUGGUAGUGGAGCCAAAAAACACUCUAUUUUAACUUCAAGGAAGCCAGUUAAGACCACUGUUAAAAGGGCUGAUACCGAUUUGUUUGACCAGUUUGAGAAAGAAGCAAAGGAAGAGCAAGAAAUGGCUGCAUUAGCAUCCUCUACGUCUUCUUUGGACUCUAGAAGACAUACCCUAAGCUCUUCUAGCUACACGCAACCAAAACAAAUCAAACUCCAACCUUCCUCCGGUAAAGAUUCUACGUUUGGUAAUUCUAGUGAUUUUGAAGAUAAUCCCUACGACGAUGGAAUCAAAUUUGAUCAAAUAAAAGCAGGAGGUGUUAUCCCGUCCGUCGAUGAUGUGCAACCAAAGCUUGCUAAGUUGGGGUUUGGUAUGACAAAGAAUGACGCAAUAAAAUUGGCUAAUGAAGCAAAAGAAUCGAAGCGAGCUGCCACUGGUCCAAAAUAUACAGGCCAGUUAGCUGCAAAAUUCGGCUCUCAGAAGGCGAUCUCCUCGGAUCAACUAUUUGGCCGCGGCGGCUAUGAUGAAGACGCAAGUAAAGAAGCAAAGGAAAGGCUCAAGAAAGAUUUCAACAAUGCAACUUCUAUUUCUUCAUCCUCCUACUUUGGUGAAGAUGACCAAUCCCAAUUGCAAGGUACUAGCUCUACCCCUUAUACCUCUCAGAAUAAUCCAUUAGUGGACAUCUCAUUUACCUCUGAUGAAGAUCUAGAAGUGGUCAAAGAAGCGCUAGAACGCGGUGCCCAGAAAUUAGGUAACUAUCUAAGAGACUACCUAAGAAACUGA